UUUUUAGGGUGUUUCAAAGAUGACCGCAUUGUGUUCUGGACAUGGAUGUUUUCCACGUACUUUAUGGAGAAAUGGGCUCCCCGGCAGGAUGACAUGCUUUUCUACGUCCGUCGAAAAUUGUCCUACGUAAGUGGCGAUAAUACAGAUGGGAAGAAGGCUGAAGUUGAGGUUUACCGUAGGGAUUCUAAGAAGCUGCCUGGCCUGGGGGAUCCAGAUAUUGACUGGGAAGAGAGUGUCUACUUGAACCUCAUCCUGCAAAAGCUGGAUUACAUAGUGACGUGUGCUGUGUGUACCCGUUCAGAUGGAGGGGACAUCCACGUCCACAAGAAGAAAUCCCAGCAAGUCUUUGCGUCUCCAAGCAAGCACCCGAUGGACAGCAAAGGGGAGGAAUCCAAGAUCAGCUACCCAAACAUAUUCUACAUGAUAGACAACUUUGAAGAGGUAUUCAGCGACAUGACUGUCGGGGAAGGCGAGAUGGUCUGUGUGGAGCUGGUGGCCAGUGACAAAAGCAACACUUUCCAAGGCGUCAUCUUCCAAGGAUCCAUCCGCUACGAAGCUCUCAAGAAGGUUUAUGACAACAGGGUAAGCGUUGCAGCGAAAAUGGCGCAGAGGAUGUCCUUUGGCUUUUACAAGUUCAACAACAUGGAGUUUGUGCGCAUGAAGGGGCCACAGGGGAAAGGCCAUGCAGAAAUGGCAGUGAGUCGUGUUUCAACGGGUGAUACUUCUCCCUAUGGAACGGAGGAAGAUUCGAACCCCGGCUCACCUCUGCAUGAGAGAGUCACUUCCUUCAGCACUCCCCCAACUCCUGAACGCAACAACCGCCCCUCUUUUUUCUCCCCAUCCCUCAAGAGAAAAGUGCCCCGGAAUCGAAUUGCUGAAAUGAAGAAGUCUCACUCAGCCAACGAUAGUGAGGAGUUCUUCCGAGAUGACGAGGAGGGAGAUCUGCACAAUGCCACGAACCUCCGGUCACGGUCCUUGUCUGGCACCGGAAGGUCUCUUGUGGGUUCGUGGCUGAAGCUGAACAGAACGGACGAAAACUUCCUACUCUAUGCACACCUAACCUACGUCACAUUACCAUUGCAUCGAAUUUUAACAGAUAUUCUGGAAGUGCGGCAGAAACCGAUUCUGAUGACAUAGCGGAGAGCUUGGCACUGACAUGGGACCCUUGCUGCCAAGUGCCUACAACCAACUGUCAACAGCACCAUCUAGUGUCAGGAGUUAAACAUUACACUGGAAAAAGGGAUGUCUUGGAAUAACCAGCCAGCCAAUCAAGAAGUGCCUCUUCCUUCUUUUCCCUUCCUCUGCUGUACAUCUUUUGUGCAUACUUAAAAAAAAAAUUAAAAGACUUUAUAGUUGCAACUGGCAGCAACCUUUCCCACCACUACAACAAUUGGGGCUGUGUUUAAGAAAAAAAAAAGGCUUUAUGGAGAAUUAGUUGCAGUAUUUACGUUGUAACUGGAAAUAAAGCAACACGAACAGAAUGUAUUAAUCCUUAUGUACUCUGGGAGGAAUUUCCAUAGGAUUUCUUUUUUACUGUUGUACCAAUGAACUAUAUUUCAUAGACUGUUGAGAACCUUCCUUCCUUAUCAUGUAACAAAGACAGCUUCAAGUGUGCACAUACAGUUGAAAUGGUGGCAGAAUAAGGUAACCGUAAAGGAAAGUGGACUUGGGCAGAGUGCAUUGUGGCUCCGCGUCAGGUUGGAACUCGACAGGUUAUUUUCUCUCCAUGGUAUGUUUUUAAGGUUCACGGUGCAAAUUGAUUCUCUACCAAAGAACAGUGCCGAAGUCCAGCCAGAAGGGUCCAGAGGAGCAAAAUGAACACCGAAGAACUGCCCUGGGCUAACUGCGUAGGACUGGCAGCACUUCCAGAUGUCAAUAUGCCCAUCAGUGGAUGUAAGAAGUACGGAAACACGAAGGACCAUGGUACCCAAUCCCCUGGAGACCUCAGCCGGUUCCGGCGCCCUGGAGAUCACUGGAAAUCAAAGCUCCCAGGAGGCGGCUUCUGGAACGGUUUCUAAAUCAGAUUUUUCACCACCAUUGUAUAAUUUGCCACUGCAUUAAGACUUCCCCAGAUCUUGAUUUGGUGGGUCUGUGGUUUGUGAUGGGGAAUAGAAACCUAGUUAAUGGAGGGGGAAGGGAUGACAUUUGGAAACUGUAGAUCAGGCCUUCUAGAACUGACCAACAGAGAGUGCAUAAAAAGUGCCAUUUUGAGUGUGCCGCAGGCCUCGAUGCUCUGGUUAGACGCAUAGCGCCGCUUCACCAAGGCCAGGCUGUUGUUUUUAAAUAGGUUCUGCCCUUUUUGAGUUUGCACUGGGGCAACCUGCCCGUGGUGUGUUUGGAUGGUACCUCCCGUGUCCUCAACUCUCCUCCUCCCCUCCGGUCCAGAUCACUGUUACGGUGCAGAGAGUUCUUUUGUUGUCACCACGAGGCGAAGAUCAACACACUUGUGUGUAUGUGCUGCGUUUUUUAAAAGCAAAACCUGAGCGGGGAGAGGGGAGGGCAAGAGCCGGGGACGGGUGAGGAGGAGUGAAGUCCUUGAAACUUCUCCGCCCUAAAAAUGCAGCUUGCUGUAAACAGCAGCUCUUGAAAUCUGCACUUAACAUUUCAAAGUGCAUUCACUUACCCUUCAACACUGUCUCAUCUUUUUGAUACUACAUCAGAAGCCGGCUUUGAAAGCGUAGUUGAGCCAGGCUGGUUGGCCAGAUCUAAAGGGCGAGAGAAGGCAGGGAUGGGGGGG